GAGCCAAACCUAACAUAGCAUAGCAAUGGCCACCACCACCACCAUAGCCACUAAGCCACUCUUAACCGACCUAGUCUCCACCAUCGAUCGUGUUCCAUCCAACUUCAUCAGACCGCUCGCCGACCGUCCAAACCUUCACCAACUUCACUCUUCCUCGCCUUCCAUUCCCAUCAUCGACCUUCACGACUUUGACGGUCCCAGUCGUUCCAGAAUCGUCCAACACAUUGCACAUGCUUGCCAACACUAUGGCUUCUUUCAAAUUGUGAAUCAUGGGAUUCCGGAGGAGGUGGUGAGGAAGAUGGUGAAUGUGUCGAAGGAGUUCUUUGCGUUGCCGGAGAGUGAGAGGCUGAAGAAUUACUCCGACGACCCUUCCAAGACAACAAGGCUUUCCACCAGUUUCAAUGUCAAGACUGAGAAAGUUUCCAACUGGAGAGACUUCUUGAGACUUCAAUGCCACCCCCUUGAGGAUUACAUUCUGGAAUGGCCUUCCAACCCUCCAUCUUUCAGGGAAGAUGUUGCUGAGUACAGUAGAAAAAUGAGGGGUUUAUCGUUGAAGUUGCUCGAGGGAAUAUCAGAGAGUUUGGGGUUGGAGAGAGAUUACGUAGAAAAAGCAUUAGGGAAACAUGGGCAGCACAUGGCUGUGAAUUACUACCCUCCAUGUCCUGAGCCAGAGUUAACGUAUGGGUUGCCACCUCAUGCUGAUCCAAAUGCUAUCACUAUUCUGCUCCAGAAUGAGGUGCCUGGCUUGCAAGUCCUCCAUCAAGGCAACUGGUUAUCCGUCAAUCCUGUUCCCAACACCUUCAUAGUCAAUAUCGGUGACCAAAUUCAGGUGAUAAGCAACGACAGGUACAAGAGUGUGUUGCAUAGAGCAUUGGUGAAUUGUGAGAAGGAAAGAAUGUCCAUUCCCACGUUCUACUGUCCUUCGCCAGAUGCAACCAUAAAACCAGCACCUCAACUCGUGGACAGCGAUCAUCCUGCACAGUACAAAGACUUCACAUACAGAGAAUACUAUGACAAGUUCUGGAACAGAGGACUUUCAAAGGAAACCUGCGUCGACAUGUUCAAAGCUUGAAAAUAAAGACUUCUUGAAUCUUUCUUGCUGACCAAACGUAUCUGCUUUUGAAUUAGACACCAUUCAGCUUUUAAUUUGGAUUAAACUUUUGAACAUUUUGGAAUUUUUAGGUAGACUUUGCACAUAUAUAAGUAAAAAAGUCCUCUUAUGAUGUGCACUUAUUGAUUAUUAGUGCACAUAAUAAUUUUUAGUUUGUAUUUUUCUUGGGAAAAAUAAAUAAA